AUGAGUGACUCCGAAGAUCAGCAACAGUCGUCGGCAAGUUUCGAUCAGCCAAGCGAUCCGGCCGACGCGGCCGAAACUCCUAAAAAGGUAGAAAAUGGGACGAGCGUCAUUGUCGAACAGCCGCGUUUGCAAACGCAGACGAGCGUUUUGGACGAAGGGGAUGACAUAGACGUAGAGUGCUCUUCAGUCGCCAAUGCUGCUGAUGCACUGAAGGCGCAGCAAGAAGUCCUUAGAGAUGAAGAUGCCAAAAAAAACCGCCCUGAACGCCCAAAAUCCGUCGAAUCUAUGAAUUCAAUCUCUUCCACAAAUUCAAUACCUCCCCUUCCGCCACUUCCCAAUUCAACAUCUACAAGAAUACCUCAGAAAUCUCCAGUCAACAAUUUUACUCCUGAAGGAAAAACUAACUUUUCCGCCUCUUUCCUCUCCAAGCCAGAGCAUCCGAAGAAGCCCUUGCUUAAACGAACCCUUUGUAAAUCGUACUCGGACGGAAUCUUCCACAACGCAGCCACUUCCGUUCAGCAACAGGACAAGGACUCUCAACUGAUUGGCGUCACGAACGAGCAUCCCAUCGGCCCACUUUGCGUCAUUAGAAGAAAUGUGCAGUUUGAUAGCGAUGAUGCAUUUAUCAAAUCCUUCCGACUCUAUUGGUACGUUGACGCAGAGAAAGGCUGCCUGGAAAGUCCAAUCUUGAGCAAUCGCCGUCUCCAUGGACAAAGUAUUGAGACUCCGUACUUUGUUAUUACGAAAAAUCAGCGGCGACAUCAAGCUUAUAGCUGCACUUUCUGUAAAGGAAAGACGACUUUUACGACGAUCCUCCAGGCCAUUCGCCACCUGAAAGCAAACCACCGUCAUAAUGUCAAGAUUUUAGUCCAGGAUCCGAAAGGAGUAUUCCAAAACUCUCCACCUACUGCUCCUUCGAUUCCGCCAAUGGUCGCUCCCGUCCAGAUGCCUUGGUCCCUCGCUCAACGAACAUUCCCUUUGAUGCCCUCAGUUCCGAGUAUGCUGCCAGUUUCAGUGGCCCAAACCAUUCCCAGCUCUCUCCCUCAGUACAUACCCCAGCUUUCAAAUGCUGUUCGCCGCUCGGCAACGAUAGAUAUUCCCUCACCUGAAGCCUUAGAAAACACCAAAUUGCUGACAAACGAAAAUAUAAUCUACUUGAAAGGAAUACUUUCCUCGAAAUUGAACAAGAAGGUUGUCGCGAUUGAAAGAAGAGGCGGAUGCUCCGUCAGCGUCAGCUUCGAAGACGGGAAAAGUCGAAUAGUGCGACUUGCCAACGAAAGCUCCUCGACAACAAGUCCGUCGCCCUCUGCCCUCGAGAAGCAGAAAGUUCUUCGUACAGUUUCUGCGACAACUACAGCUCCCCCGCGCUCCGGCCUCUACGGAGCCCUUGAUCCUGGUUCGGCCCUCAAAAUCCCCCCAGCUUCAAAGAGCAAGUAUGCUGCGAAAACGUUUUAUAUUAACAAGAAGAAUGAAAUUGACACAGCGAACACGAAUCUUUACAAAAGCUGGGGCUCCUCUGUUCUUUCAAAAUCUCCAAGUGAGAUGUCUCCAGAAGAGAGCCAGUCAACGGAAUACACUUCAAAUGAACAGGUUUCAAGUUUGGAUCCAAGUGAAAGCCCUAAGACGGCGGAAAAUGACUCUCGAAGAGAGCCGCAGCAAGCACUCCACGGAAACUCGAUUCUGACAGAAGAAGAAGAUUCUCCAACCUUCAAAGUGUGCGACAACAAAGGAAAAAUUAGCGAGCAACAAACCUUCAAAAUGCGGCUUGAGAAGCCAAAAGCGAACUCGUCGAACGGUAUGUCUUUCGAAAAUGGUGCAUACAAAAUGGACAACCUGGGACAGUACUUCAAUACAUUCAUCAAAGUCCAAGUUUUGGCUCUAAAUCAUCAAUGCAAGAUAUGCAGCCACGCGACGGAAACCGAGCUAGAAAUGGCUGAUCAUAUUCAGGAGCACUCGCUGAAAGAGCUCAAUUCAUUCGCGAAGACACUUUGA